AUGUCUUUAAUACACUCGCUCAUAAGGGCGCCCAGAAAAAUAUCUGAGUGGAUUGGGCUGGGGGCAAGUACCCCUAUAUAUAUGGAUUUCCAGGCAACAACUCCAACAGACCCAAGGGUAGUCAGUGCAAUGAUUCCGUAUUUCAAAGAAAAGUUUGGAAAUUCGCACAGUCGAACCCACCAGUUUGGAUGGAAUGCAGAGAGGGCAGUAGAAGACGCAAGAGAGAAAGUUGCCUCGAUAAUACACGCAGAUGCAAAGGAGAUUAUAUUUACUAGUGGAGCCACAGAAAGCAACAAUAUAGCGAUAAAAGGAAUUGCAAGAUUCCUUAAGCAAGACAUGAGUGAAAAACCGCACAUCAUCACAACAAAAAUAGAGCAUAAGAGUGUCCUGGAGACAUGCAGAGACCUAGAAGAAGAAGGCUUUGAUGUAACAUAUCUCUCUGUGAAUAAGAAUGGCCUAAUAAAUAUAGAGGACCUAAAGGCAGCAAUUAGACCGCAGACAGUUCUUGCGAGUAUCAUAGCAGUGAAUAAUGAAAUAGGAACAAUAUCCCCAUUGAAGGAGAUUGGGAAAAUAUGCAAGGAAAACAAUGUAUUCUUCCAUACAGAUGCAGCACAGGCAGUUGGAAAAAUACCAAUAGACGUUAAAGAUAUGAAUAUAUCACUAAUGAGCAUAUCAGGACACAAAAUAUACGGGCCCAUGGGAAUAGGUGCAUUGUAUGUCACAAGAGACAGGCCCAGACCAAGAAUACAGCCAUUAUUCAGUGGAGGUGGCCAAGAGAGAGGCAUGCGCAGUGGAACUCUUCCAACGGCUUUGGUUGCAGGCCUAGGGAAGGCAUGCGAAAUAGCACAGAGAGACAUGGAGAAAGACAACAAGAAAAUAAAAGAACUUUCACAGCAGCUAAUAAAAGGACUGAUCAAGGAGAUCCCAGAUAUAAAGAGAAAUGGAGACGUAAGUGGAUACCCAGGCUGCAUAAAUAUAUCAUUCCCGUAUGUGGAAGGAGAGUCUCUUAUUAUGGCCCUUCCAAAUAUUGCUAUAAGCAGUGGGAGUGCAUGUACAUCUGCAUCACUUGAGCCAUCCUACGUAUUAAAGUCCCUUGGUGUAGAGGAUGACCUAGCACAUUCCUCUUUGCGAUUUGGAAUAGGACGGUUUACAACAAAGUCAGAUAUUAAGAGCGUAGUAAAGGAAGUUGUAAAAAAGGUGAAGAAACUAAGAGAACUCUCGCCUCUAUUCGAAAUGGCACAAGAAGGGAUAGACUUAAACACAAUAAAUUGGAAUGCCCAUUGA